UGCCACCGAGUACGAGUACGAGUAUUGCUCGGACUUUGCCUCCAACAUCUUUACUUAUGGCAAAGAUUCUCGCCUCCAGUUACUUUCAGCGAAUCAAGCCCUUCCUGUUGACGAUCGACACGAUCAAAAUUUCCCCUUCUUAUAAAUAUACCGCUUUUUCAAAAAUGGAAAUUAGAUUGAAGAUACUAUUUGCUAUCGAAGUCGAUAUCGAAAUAUAUCGAAUAAUUUUUUAAGGAACAUACGGUAAAUGAAAACGGCUAUGUUCCGUCGAGGAAAGAAAUUAUAAAAAAGAAAAUCGAAAUAAAGUUAAGAGGAAUUUUUAAGCGUGAGUCAGGAUGAAUAAAUAUGAGAUGAUAGAAAUCGUAGGAGAGGGAAGUUAUGGUAUGGUGAUGAAAUGUAAGCAUCGCGAGAGCGGGCAAUUUGUAGCCAUUAAAAGAUUUCUCGAAACCGAGGAAGAUUACGAAGUGCGAAAAAUGGCAUUUCGAGAAAUCCGAAUGUUGAAAAAAUUACGUCACGAUAAUCUGGUAAAUAUGAUCGAAGUGUUUCGUCGAAAGAAACGAUUUUAUCUCGUAUUCGAAUAUUUGGAUCAUACUUUGCUGAACGAGUUAGAAAAUGUCGGAGGACAUGGUCUAGGUUUGGAAAUGUCCAAGCGAUAUAUUUAUCAAAUCCUUCGUGGAUUGGACUUUUGUCACGGUAGUAACAUAAUGCAUCGUGAUGUCAAGCCAGAAAAUAUCCUCAUAUCUCCGAAUGGAGUGGUGAAGCUUUGCGAUUUUGGAUUUGCACGUUUUGUAAAUAGUCCAAAUGAGUCUUGCACGGAUUACGUGGCGACAAGAUGGUAUCGUGCCCCGGAAUUGUUAGUCGGUGAUCCUCGAUAUGGCAGACCGAUAGAUAUUUGGGCGGUAGGCUGUUUGUAUGCGGAAAUGGUGGUCGGGAAUCCUUUGUUUCCUGGUGAUAGCGACGUAGAUCAACUCUAUCGAAUAACCAAAAUACUUGGAGGACUAUGUAUGAAGCAUCAAACUUUAAUGGAUCGUAGCAGACCUGGUCAAUUAUUGCGGCAUGCGAGCGCGGACGAGCUCAUAGGACCACCUCAAUCCGGUCUUUUCUCGAUUCGUAAAUUAUUUCCCAAAUGGGAUAUAAUCGCCAUCGAUUUUUUGGCUCAAUGUCUUCGUAUGGAUCCCGACUUAAGAUCAAAAUCUUUCAUGCUCUUGGAACAUCCGUUUUUUAUACAAGAUCGAUUUGUCGAUAAAUUUCUUGUAGUUUUGAGGAAAAGUAUCGAUAUAGAAUCUUCUAUGAAUCCUUUAUCCAGUAAAAUAUUGAGUGAAAAAGGGCCGAGUAUUUCUACGAGUUUGUUCGAAUCAUCGUCGAAAACUGUUUCUCAAUAUUUUCCCAGAUGGCAUAUGCAUACUAUUAUCGCGACAGAUUUAAACGACAAAACAAAGUCCGAAGCGAUAGAUACAGUGGAAUUACGCGAAACUUCAUCAUCGUUGUUGCGCAUCGAUCCUUUACGAAAAGUUUGUAACAUAGAUACCAUUUCUGUCAUACCAAAUACAACUUACAUUCGUAAAGUAAAGCAGAAGGGAAUCGCUAUGCAUGAUUAUUAAAAGACUAUCACGUUAUAGCUUUUUUGAACAUUUUACGAUUGUUCGAGUAUAGAGAAUAAUAAAAGGACAGAAGAGAAAAAAAUACGUAUUUAUUAAGAAAAAGAUCUCAAAUAGAUAUUUUAACUUCAUUUUCAUUUAAUAUUUGCAAACGAUUAAUAAUGUGAAAAUUUGCAUUUUUUUCUGUAUCAAUGAAAAUGAUACAUCUAGUAUAUCAUAGUUGUUUCUUAAAUUCUAAUAUUACAUACACGCACGCACGCACGCGCACACACAUACACAAAUAUCCCUUUAAUUAUAUAUAUGUUUGCAAUUGAAAAGGAAAAAAAUAUUCUACAUUUUUACUAAAUAUAAAUACUUAUUAUAUGUUAUUAGAUUUAUCCUAUGUUUAAAAUAUUAUGAAAAAUUAACAAAAAUCAUUGAUAUUAUUAAUAACAAUUAUAAUAACAAAUAUCACAAGAUGUUCAUGUAAGUAGGAAAUUUUAUAUUGAAAUCGUAUUGGUAUAAGCUUGAAAGAAUCGAUAAUAUAAUUUCCUAUUACUGUUACAAUUAUUUUAUAUAUUUAUGCAUCUAUUUAAUGAAAUUUUUAGUUAUCUCAUCGAAAGUUUUCUUGUGAAAGUGAGAGCAAUGCGUUCUUGUUCCAUUCGAUCCAUAUCAUAUUUAUACAACAUUAUCAUAUAACAUUAUAGUCUCUUAUCGUCGAAUAAUUUGAAACAUUUUUAGUUUUGAAAAAAUCAUUUUUAAAGAUACAUAUAGAAUUAUAAAUGGAUUUAUAUUUCAAUUGAAGUUUAAGAUAGAUAUACAUGUAUAUCUAGUGAAUAUUAUUUUUUCAGAAGAAGUUCGAAAUAUAAUAAAGAUAUAGAGAAAAAAAAAAAAAGAUCCCUUUUCCAAAGAACGAUUUUUCUUUAAUCACAAGGAUGGAUUUCAUGAUUUCACACAUACACACAUACAUACGUAUACAGUAAUAGAUAGAUUUUAUAUUUUGCUUAUAAUUGAAGAUAAUAGAAGCGAUUGAUAAAAAGAAAAAAUAAAAAAAAAUGUGAAAGAAUCGACAAUAUUCUUCGACGAUUAGUUCUUUCGAUCGAUUAGCACUGCUAUAUAAUAUUAAUUUUAAACGAGUUUCAUAAUUGAUUUCACUUUUCACGAAUAAACAUUUCGUGUUAUAAAAAUAUGAAUAAUGUUUUUAAACUUGAAUUAGUUUGAUAAAAAAAGAGUAAGAUUUUGAAUUUAAAAAUAAAAGAAAUAAAAACAACAAAGAAACGUAAGUUUGUACUCAAAACAAAAAUUUCAAUGAAGAAUAGAGAAUAAGAAAUUUUGACAUUUUAAAAAUUGUUUAUUUUAUAAAUAAAUAUUUGUCAUGUAAAUAAAUAAAAAAACGAAUAAAACAUCAAA